AUGGCGUACCGGGCGGACGACGACUACGACUACCUCUUCAAGGUGGUGCUCAUCGGGGACUCCGGCGUCGGCAAGUCGAACCUGCUCUCGCGCUUCACGCGCAACGAGUUCAGCCUCGAGUCCAAGUCCACCAUCGGCGUCGAGUUCGCCACCCGCAGCAUCCACGUCGACGACAAGGUCGUCAAGGCCCAGAUCUGGGACACCGCCGGCCAGGAAAGGUACCGUGCUAUCACAAGUGCAUAUUACCGCGGAGCAGUUGGGGCGCUCGUUGUCUACGACGUCACACGGCACGUCACUUUCGAGAACGUGGAGAGGUGGAUUAGGGAGCUCAAGGACCACACAGACGCUAACAUCGUGAUCAUGCUUGUCGGCAACAAGGCAGAUCUGCGCCACCUCAGGGCCAUCCCGACCGAGGACGCCAAGUCCUUCGCCGAGAGAGAGAACGCUUUCUUCAUGGAGACGUCGGCCCUGGAGGCGAUGAACGUGGAGGACGCCUUCACCGAGGUGCUCACCCAGAUCUACCGCGUCGUGAGCAAGAAGGCCCUCGACAUCGGCGAUGACCCUGCGGCGCCUCCCAAGGGCCAGACCAUCAAUGUUGGUGGCAAGGACGAUGUGUCCGCGGUGAAGAAGUCUGCCUGCUGUUCGUCUUAG